AGACAGGAAAAAAACACGCUGGAACAAAAGUUGAACGCCAUUUUUGAAUUCUUGAUUUUCUUUUAUUUCCGCAGCAGUAGUUGCUUAUAAAUAAUGCCAACCUCCAGCACAAAAAGGGUGUCAAACCCAACUUCCAAUCCAGUUAUCAAUUCUCACGUUUUUCUAGGAAAACUUCUCCUCACCUUCCUCUUUCGAUCUUCAUUUUACUUGUUUCUCUCUUUAAUUCCGCCCCAUUUUGUUGAUAGCUCGCAAGAUUAAAGAAAACCAAGAUUUUGAUCCUUGUGCUUGUUUAAGCCGAUUCCAUUGAUUAGAAGCGAAACCCUUUUCGAUUUUAAUAAAAUCUAUCAUCCCAUUUCGCACUUGAAACCGUUUUCGAGUAGGUUUUGCUUAAUUCUUGAUUGAAGUGCCGGUUGGAUUACGACGACAUAGAAUGACCGCAUACGCGGCGGCGUGUAAGCGGGUUCUGAGAUUGGGACCCGCGUUGGUCGGAACCCGACCCAUUUCCGAGCUUGCUAAAUCCAACGGCAAACGGGUCUACCUCGUCGACACUCUGGCCCUUGUGAGGAAAUUGGAGGCCCAGGGGGUGGAGUCGAGGCAGGCGCAGGCGAUAACAGAGGCGAUGAUGGAGGUGCUGAAUGAUAGCAUGGAGAAUGUUUCUGGUUCCUAUGUUUCAAAGAGUGAAAUGCAAAAAAGCGAGAUGUUUCAGGAAAACAAUCUGUCCAUGUUCAAGACUGAAGUUAAGAGCUCUCAGGAUCACCAUUUCUCAAUGUUGCAACAUGAGAUGGAAAAAAUCAAGAAUGAUAUAGAGAAGAUGCGUAGUGAGUUAAGGUAUGAAAUCGACAAAGUUACAGCCGGGCAGCGCUUGGAUCUUAAUCUUGAAAGGGGGAGAAUUCGAGAUGAGCUGAACAACCAAAACCAAGAAACAACCAACCUCACCACCAAACUUGAUCGAGAAAUUCAUACACUGCGGGCUCAACUGGAAGCCGCAAAGUAUGACGUGAUCAAGUAUUGCAUAGGUACGCUCGCCUCUGUCUCUGCCGUUGGUCUUGCUGUAAUCCGUAUUCUGAUGUAGCCGACAGCGCCAUUGGUUCUGGUUUUCGUGGGGAUUUUAUACUCAUUUUUAUGUCUAAAAUCCUUGACCAAGUAGAAAACUAGACUCAUUGUUAGUAAUUCAAAUAACAAUGUAUUAAUUGAUUGGUCCUUUGUUUGCAAGCUUAUUAUAAUAGUUCUCUUAUCGAUUUCAAGCUGUUGUCCCCGCCCCCCCCCCCCCCCCCCCCCACCCCAUAAUGUUGUAAAGCCCAUUAAACUUGCAAGUAAUGCAGAAAAUUCUACCCUUUCAA